UGCCUGUCCACAGGGAGAUGGGACCCUUGUCUAACCCCGCCCUCUCUGCCUGUCCACAGGGAGACGGGACCCUUGUCUAACCCCGCCCUCUCUGCCUGUGCACAGGGGAUUGCUGCAGACUGUAAACGGGUGACAGUCCUGAAGUACUUCCUGGAGGCUCUGUGUGGGCAGGAGGAGCCGCUUCUGGCCUUCAAGGGUGGAAAGUAUGUGUCUGUGGCGACGCUCCCGCCCCCCAGCCUGGGAACGGAAGCUGGGAACCGGCAGGGAAAACAGGCAGACAAUCAGGAGCAGGACGUGAUCGUGGAAGCGGAGUCCUCGCAGUCACUGUCGGAGGGCGAGGUGGAUGGAGACGGCAGCGAAGAUGACAUCCGGGAGCUGAGGGCUCGGAGGCACGCGCUGGCGCACAAGCUGGCUCUGCAGCAGAAGCGGCAGGACAAGAUCCAGGCUGUACUCCAGACUUGCCGGCAGCUGGAGCUGGAGAUUCGGCCGCUCUUCUUGGUUCCCGACACCAAUGGCUUCAUUGACCACCUGGCUGGCCUGCAAAGUCUGCUGGCCUGCGGCCUCUACAUCCUGGUGGUGCCACUCAUCGUGAUCACGGAGCUGGACGGCCUGGCGCGGGGCCAGGAGCACCGGGGUGGUGGUAGGGCUGUGCCCGGGGAGCAUGCCCGCGCGCUGCAGGAGAGGGCCAAAGCCGCGGUCAGCUUCUUGGAGCGGGGGUUUGAGGCGAGGGAGCCCUGCCUGAGGGCGAUGACCAGCCGCGGAAACCAGCUGGAGUCCAUCGCCUUCCGCAGCGAGGACACCUCCGGCCAGCAGGGAAACAACGAUGACCUUAUCCUGUCCUGCUGCCUUCACUACUGCAAAGACAAGGCCAAGGACUUCAUGCCCACGCAGCGAGAUGAGCCUGUCCGCCUCCACCGUGAGGUGGUUCUGCUGACGGAUGACCGCAACCUGCGAGUCAAGGCCCUGACCCGCAACGUGCCGGUGCGAGACAUCCCUGCCUUCCUCAGGUGGGCCAAAGUGGGCUGAAGCGAACCGGCGGCAGGGGGAGCCGAUGACGGUGCAGCCACGUGCCAGGGAGCCGUGUCGAGGAAGGAGGAAAACAAACGGCCUCUGAGGAGGGGGGACGUCCACCUCGGCGGGGCGCCGAGGGAAGCGCCCCCGCCCGUCCUUUUUAAAGAUCACUAAAGCUUUUUUUACUUUUGUUUUUCUUUGGUUUUUUCUCCUUUCUGCCCCUCUGAGGAGCCUCUGCCUGCUGCUCGCCACAGUGAGGGUGAGCGUGCACAUGGGCACGUGUGCAGGGUUUCAGGACAGAGCCAUGGGCAGGGA